AUGUCCAAGCUCUCCUCCCUCUCCCCAUCCUUCAACACCCGCCGUCUGCCGCUUUCGCCCGUACCGCCGAGGAUGCUGAUGAAGCGCCGCACAACGCUGCCUUCUUAUGCUCCGAACGAGGGUGGUGUUGAUUUUCGGACGGGAGGGAAGAGCGGGUUCGGGGAGAUGGAGAGAAGAGGGGAGCAGGGGAAGGGGAAGGGGGAGGGGAGGAAGAAGGAGGAGAAGAGGCCCGAACCGCUUGCCUUACCAAAGCUCAACCAUCAAGCGCGGGUCCGCAUCCUCACGCCAUACCCUUCCCCCAGCCCCGUCACCCCUUCUCCAUCGUGGUCUUCGUCCGGCAUCUCGCCCGUGCCGUCACCGUCUCCGAUGGGCCUUGUCUUUGCAGACGAUUAUGCCGACGUCUCCCCUGUCCCCGCGCCCUUGACGGGGUCGGAGGUGAAAAGGGGUAUGGGGAUCGUCAAACGUAUGAGCAAAAUUGACCUCCGUAUGAGGGACGCCGAAGAAGCGUAUACCCUCGGACCCGCAUCAGAUCCGCCUAUAACAGCGCCAGGGGUACAGAGCGGCGGUGGGCUGUUGACGGCGUCGUUGAGAGUUGUUGUUAGUGGGGCUGGGGUGGAGUGGGGUGUGGCGCAUGUUGAUUAG